CUUCUCUUCCCUCACUUAAUUUUAUACUAUAAUUUUUACCUUUAUAAGUGAUAGAAAAUGGCAUCAGCAGCAUCAGCAGUAGUAACACUAGACCCCGUAUACGAUGAUUAUAUCAAGCAAGCAAAAAGCACUCCAUUCCCUAGUAUCAGUAAUGGAGAGAUUACUAUCCAAGAGCUGCGAGCCACUAUCGAGCAAGGCUACGUAUCGCAGCAACUUCCGGUUAUCAUCGAAGAGGACAGGACUGUAGCUUACAAAGACACCGAGCUUCGCUUGACCUUAUUUCGGCCCUUGGGAACUGAGAACGAGGUUCUUCCAUGCGGCAUCUUUUACCAUGGUGGUGGAUGGGUUUUUUGCUCCAAACGUACUCACGGUAAACCAGUACGCGACAUCUGCAUAAACAAUCACGUUGCGAUUGUGUUUGUCAACUACUCACUUGCACCUGAAGUCAAAUUUCCCGUAAUCAAUGAAGAGUGUUUCUUGGCAUUGCAAUGGGUGCUUGAAAAUGGCAAGAGUAUCAAUGUGGAUACUAGCAAGCUUGCUGUUAUUGGUGAUAGUGCUGGGGGACAUCUAGCGACUACUACUGCGUUGAUGGCUAAGGAGCACGGCCUCGACAGAGCUAUCAAGGCACAAAUUAUAAUUUACCCAGUAACCGCACCCACUCGAGAACAUUAUGAAUCCAACAAGCUAUAUGGAACUGGCUCGGAUUUCGUCACUGUCAAAAAGGACGAUGCUGCCUUUUUUGAUGAGAUUUAUAUCCCCAAUCAUGCUAAAAGUAACAAGUUGGCAUUUCCAUUAUUGGCCACGGUUGACGAGCUUCAAAAUUUGCCGCCUGCAUUGUUGGUAACUGCAGAAGCCGAUGCUCAUCGAGACGAAGGGGAAGAAUAUGCCCACAAAUUAUUGGAAGCUGGAGUUAUUACCUGCGCUGUGCGUAUCCUCGGUGCAAUCCAUGGAUUCUUUAGCUUUCCGCUUAAAAAGACACCUGCCUAUAGACAGACGCAAGCUCUUAUUACCCAGCAGCUUAAUGAGGCUUUUGGCGAAAAAGAACUAUAA